AAGAAGAAGAAAUGGAUGAUAAUCAGGUACAACAAGAACUCGAAUAUGAGUUAGAAGAUGAGUUAGAAGAAUAUGAAAAUUACUAUUCUGAAGAAAGUACUAUUGAUGAUAUUCUUGAAGAUUAUUAUAUGUUUCAAGAGAAAGAAGACAUUAAUCCUACCCUAUAUUUGACCGAAUAUCUUCACAAGGAAAUCAAAGUCGAUCAACUUUUGCUCAACAAAGCUCAGAGACAACAA